UUUGGCUAUGACCCAAAUAUUACAUUUACACACAUUUACACAGUGGUUAUACCGCUAUAGAGUUGACUGAGUAAUCCUGUAUUUGAAUGCACCUUGACAAACAACAUUUAUGUGCUAAAAGGAUCACAUUCACUCAUUUAGGCUGUUUGUGCUGUACUUACAUACGAGUUCACACGCAUUUACAGAUUUCACAGGACGUACUGUAUGCAUCUUGGUGGAUUUACAAUUUGCUAUACAUCCUAAAUCUAAACAGAAAACUGGGAAACAAAGGAUGAUGUGAACGAUGGAGCUGUCCCCAGACAUCAGAAAUCAAGCAGGCUAAGGUCGUGAGGCACACAACUACUAUAGGCGUGACAAUAAAGUGAUUCACAAAUGGUGAAAACACUCAUAUGGAUACCUUUACAGUACCUAAAUGACGUUAAACACUGGGCCACUCGUCUGAUCUGAUUCCAAAUGAACCUCACAGCAACAAAGUACAAGAUGAUAAGAAUACCAUUGAAGAAAAGGACGAUACUGAUCCUUGUGGGGCUGUUAGGAUGUGUGCUGGUGUUGAAAAACGUUAUGUUAUCUACACACACAAAAGAACAUGCUGAUUUAAAGAUACGUCUUAAAGCAGUUGAUACCAUGGCAAUUCACUCACGUGAGUUAUUAAACCGUGCAAUCCAGAAACCCCCCAGUGAAAAAUCUGUGGAUAGACUUCUCAAAGAUGAAGAUGCAGUUCAAAAACAGAAAAGUAAUCUUAGUGAUGUUUUAUCUGCGAAUAGUGUCAUGACUAAGGAUGAUACGAUAGAAAAACACCAUCGUUCAUCGAAACAAUGGACAGCUGUUAAUGAUAGUUCAUCCGGCAAACGCACUGAUUUAAAUGUGUCUAGGCGUUCAAAACUGAAGCACAAAAAUGAGUACGACUCAAACGUGAUCCGGUAUAAAGACAAUCCAUUUAAUGGUGUUCAACCUACAGGGCAACUACGAGUACCGGAUGGCUCACUAACGCCAUCUCUCGUAUAUUUUAUUUGGUGCGGUAAGAAAUGGUUCGAAUUUCAACAUUAUUUGAGUGUCCGCAGUGCUAUUAGAUUUCUUAAUGCUGAUAGAGUUAUUUUGUACUAUUCAAACAUUCCCAAAGUUGAUGGUCAUCGAUAUAAUAGAUGGUAUGAAGAGUUGAUGGAAGAUUACCCUUGGUUUACAAGAACGCGACUUAAGGACAAUGAACUAGGGAUUUGUAAGGAUGACACCUCAAAACGUGCUUUUGCAAUGCAGAAACUUUCAAAAACUGGUGGAAUAUAUAUGACUGAAACCACUAUCCUUACUACACCAGUCAACACACUGAGGAAAUACCCUUUGGUGGAGGCUAUCCAAGAUGGGAAAGGUUUCAUGAUGGUAAAUAAAAAUGCUAAAAUAAAUGGGACUAAGAAAGUACGGUGUAGUGAUUUGAUUGUGAAACGCCGUAAAGAAGCAUUCGUGAAAUUAGAAGAUGGUCACACCGUUGAAGGCUAUCGUUUGAUUAUAGAUAAUGCUGCCAAUGAUAAUGUGUGUAUCACAAUGCCUAGGACUCCUACGUUUGUAUACCCAAAAGAUAUAUGGGCAUUGGACAAUGCAUUCGGGAGAGCAGCUAGAGACAUAUUCUACGGUUCUCCAGAAGUGCCCAAAGUGAGGCAUUCUACGAAAGAACUCGCGCCUAACAUUGCUCAUAUGGUUCUUCUAGGCGGUCGUAAGAUGGAAUAUAUUUGCUACAUUGGGAUGCUUAGUAUACUUCAUAUUGUCAAAGUAGAAAAGUUAUACAUACACGGUGAUAAAGUGCCUAUCGGUGAUCUUUGGGAGAAGAUCAGCAAAGACAAAAGAGUUGAGUACGUUUUUCAUGAUCUCCCCAAAAGUGUGUAUUCCACAGAAGACAAUUUCCUCCCCCAACAUGUUAGUGACAUGAUGCGUGUUGAUAUAAUGAUCAAAUAUGGAGGCCUUUAUGUCGAUACUGACGCCAUAUUUGUCAAGCCCCUCGAUGACUAUAUUAGGGGGUACGACGUAGUAGCUACCUAUGAUUGGGCGACGGGGUGGGUACCCCCAUGGCCCGAUAUAAUUAACUUUGGGGUAACGCUCGGCAAACGUGGUGCCCCUUUUUGGCAUUUAUUUCAGCAUUCAAUGAAAGAUUGGUGGGAGAAAAACUGGAGCUAUAAUGGGUUACAGAAACCAUAUAAAGUCUACGAAAGGCAUCCACAUUUGGUCAAAAUAAACCCCCAUUGGCAAGUGAUUUGCUUUGGUUACGAGCAUGGAUGUCAUCCCACAUGGACCGACUGGCCAACAUACUUUAAUAGAAACACCACGCAUAGAGACACUGGUAUAGAUUGGCGUAAAGACGCAUAUGCGUUCCACUGGACUGAUCCAACACCACCGCCAUUUUGGGGAGAAAAUCAUUUGAUAAAUCACAAGAUGGAUGACUUUUAUAAAGAUUUUUCUGCUGAGGUCGGACGCUUUGUUUUAGAAAAAGCUGGUCUACUUGAUGAGAUUGUAAAAAGGGUUGGAGAUAAGGUUCCAUAACACUGAUUCAUUUCGUUUGUACAGAAGGAGCACAUUUAUUUAUCAAACAUUUAUUAAAUAAAAAAUUUUGUUUUAUGUGUCGAAAAGAUAAAGUAUGUCAAGCCAUCAAUAACAAUUGAGGCCAUGCAAUGUUGCGCAGUAUAUGUACGCUCUUUUAACAUUUUAACUGCAACACACAAUUCGUUCAUGGUCUGACUUAUUAAUGAUACUGAUACAUGAUAUACAUGAUGUGUUGAUUCAAUUAUUGUACAGGUCUGGAUGUUUAUACACAUUUAUUGGAAACUAUAGAUACAUCAAAUCUCAAGGAGCAAUAAAAACUAAACUUACUUUCCAUAUACAAUUUAUUUAUUGUUGUUUAUAUAAAGACAUUAUAAAUUAUUACAAGACAUGCACACAUUAAAAAACUUAUUACCCGACUAAUUAUCGCCGGCUAGUUGAUUUCCUGAACUGCAUGCACAUUGUAAUAGUUAAAAAUAUGGCAUCCCAAGUUCCCAACUAUAUGUGUCCUGUUUCAUUAACGGAAUCUCCAGCCAGAAGACACUGUUAGGUUGCUUUACUUGAAUCAUGGUUUUGAAAUAAUGUCCAUAGUUAUUGCUCCAUUGUAAUUGUCUUAGAUUUGGUGAUAAUCUCAGCUAUUGAGUAAAUAGCCAUUGUACAUAAAUUCAAAUGAAACAUUACGAAGAUAUAAUGGUAUAUACAUUUACAAAAGUAACAGUUUUGAGAGUUGCAAGUGUUUUGUAUAUGGCACGAUUAGGCAGCAAGGGCAGUCUUGAAAGACAGGUUGUACUGUCCCUCCCUCAGCACGGUCACUGGAAGGUAUGGCUUGGGGGACUUUGCCAGGUAUUUCUGAAAGAACAAAAUAUCACAGAUUGCUCAAAGUUACAAGUCUGUGAGUAUAGAUUCGUGGAAUUUCAGAAUAUGUGAACAUAAAGGCCUCACAUAUAUUUGUAACCCUAC